CUAUUUUAGUAUGUCUGUUUGUCAACUGUCAUCUGUCAGCCUGUCAUUAUGUCAGUGUUUUGUUUUGUCAGUCGAGGUUAUGUAAAAUCAAAAUCUCUGGGCCGUGCAAUAUUUCUUUUUGUAGAUCAGUUGAAAACUAAUUUUUUGAAGUAUUAGCAAUGUCCAUGAUAGCUGCGAGAAAUUGUAGAACAAGCAUAUUUUUUCAAAAUGUCCCCAUUGUUUUUCGAAUGUUAUGUGCAACAAAGACACCAGAAUUUGAAUCAUUGGAAGUAGAUGACUCUAAAAUGCCUCCAAUCCCUCAGUAUAAUAUUAAAAGGGAUGAAUCUUUGAACCAGAAAAAGGCCAGGCUUUUAUAUCAAUCACGCAAACGUGGAAUGUUAGAAAACUGCUUAUUGCUAAGCACAUUUGCAGCUAAAUAUUUGAAUGGCAUGACAAUAGAAGAAACAGAAGAGUAUGAUAAGCUCAUAAAUUUACCACUAAAUGAUUGGGAUAUUUAUUAUUGGGCGACUGGACACAAGCCUGUACCAAAUGAGUUUGAUAAUAACAUUAUGAAAUUGCUAAAAGAACAUGUUAGCAACAAAGAUAAAGAACAACGAUUUCGACAACCUGAUUUACAUGAACAUUAA